CGAACACUGCGGCCUGAAGCAACACAGCUUUGGGGUGUCUGCCGAGGCGAGGCGGGGUCGCGCGGAGUGGGCAGGCUAGGGGGCGGGCCCGGCCUACUGCGCAGGCGCCCAGCUACCGUUUCCAUGGUGGUAGGACCCACGCGCCCCAACCGCGGCCCAACUGUCCUGUCCUAAACCACUGGCCGCCAGCGCCGGCUGCUUGCCAGGGUCACCCGACCCCCGCCUUCCCGCGCCCCGGCCCCGACCCCGGCAUGGGCGACCUGGAGCUGCUGCUGCCCGGGGAGGCGGCCGUGCUCGUGCAGGGACUGCGCAGCUUCCCGCUGCGCGACGUGGGCUCCGGAGGGUGGAACCAGCAGCACGAGAGCCUGGAAAAGCUGAACAUGCAGGCCAUCCUCGAUGCCACAGCCCGGCAGGACGAGCCCAUCCAGGAGCUGCUGGUCACCCACGGGAAGAUCCCCACACUGGUGGAGGAGCUGAUCGCAGUGGAGAUGUGGAAGCAGCGGGUGUUCCCUGUGCUGUGCAGGCUGGAGGACUUUAAGCCCCAGAACACUUUUCCGAUAUACAUGGUGGUACACCAUGAGGCCUCUAUCAUCAACCUCCUCGAGACGGUGUUCUUCCACAAGGAGGUAUGUGAGUCAGCAGAGGACACCAUCUUGGACUUGGUAGACUACUGCCACCGCAAACUGACUCUGUUGGUGGCCCAGAGUGGCUGUGGUGGCCCCCCUGAGGAGGAGGAGUCCCAGCACAGCACCCCCAUGCAGGAGCUGCAGAAACAGGCAGAACGGAUGGACUUUGAGAUUGCACUGAAGGCUCUCUCUGUGCUGCGCUACAUCACAGACUGUGUGGACAGCCUUUCCCUGAGCACAUUGAGCCGCAUGCUCAGCACCCACAACCUGCCCUGCCUCCUAGUGGAGCUGCUGGAGCACAGUCCCUGGAGCCGGUGCAGAAGAGGCAAGCUGCAACGAUUUGAGGGUGGCCAUUGGCAGACAGUGGCUUCCUCAGAGCAGCAAAAGCUCAGCAAGUUAGAUGGGCAGGUAUGGAUCGCCCUGUACAACCUGCUGCUAAGCCCCGAGGCCCGGGCCCGCUACUGCCUCACAAGCUUUGCCAAGGGACAGCUACUCAAGCUUCAAGCCUUCCUCACAGACACACUGCUCGACCAGCUACCCAACCUGGCAGACCUGAAGGGUUUCCUGGCCCACCUGGCCCUGGCAGAGACCCAGCCCCUUAAGAAGGACCUGGUGUUGGAGCAGAUCCCAGAAAUUCGGGAGCGGCUAGAGCAAGAGAACAGAGGCAAGUGGCAGGCUAUUGCUAAGCACCAGCUGCGGCAUGUAUUCAGCCCCUCAGAGCAGGACCUGCGGCUGCAGGCACGGAGGUGGGCUGCCACCUACAGCCUGGAUGUGCUAGAGGCAGUGGCUCCGGAGCAACCCCACUGUGCCCACUGCAGCGCAGAGGCCUCCAAGCGCUGCUCGCGAUGCCAGAAUGAGUGGUACUGCUGCAGGGAGUGCCAAGUCAAGCACUGGGAGAAGCACAGAAAGGUUUGCGUCCUGGCAGCCCAAGGCGACGGAGCCAAGUGAGGGCUGAGGCUGCUGAAAGUUGACCACGGGUACCUUACGACCCACCCAGUGUGCCCGAGCCGCGGGACCUCAGCCUAGCCGCUGCCAGGGCCUCAGCCUGCCCGGUGGUGAGCACAGCUGACGACCCAUCUCCCCGCAGGGCGCCCCCUGCUUCCUGCCCCACCCGUUGGCUAGGCGAGGGCGCUGCCUCAGCAAACUGGGGCCGACGGCCUACGGCCUGGGCUAGGGGCGGAUGUGGGGACCCUCUUCCUCCACCACAGUAAAACUGGCCUCCAGAA